AUCCGCAAGCAGCAGAAGGAGCAUGCUGAACUGAUAGAGGAGUACCGGGUAAAACAGCAGCAAAACAAUAUGACACCCAUAAUGCCUAGGAUGCACGCGAUGCCGGGCCCUGCUGGCAUGGUCCCCAGCGGACCCCCAAUGAAUCCCAUCAUGCAGAUGCCUGUUCAUCCUGGCCAGCCCAAUCCAGCUCAGAGUAUGCCCAACCCACCACCCGGCUGGCAUCCAGGUGCUCCAUUGCCCAUGGCUGGACCAGGAAUGCCCCCUAUAAUGCCCCCUAUAAUGCCCCCUAUAAUGCCCCCCCAGGUACCUGUCGGAAAUCCAGGCCAACCUGUUCAGAUGCCAAUGGGUAAUAUACCUCAACACCCACCACUGCCUGUGGAUCCCCAGGCACCCCCAGUUCCACCAGGGGGUGUAAAACCCAUGCAGUCAGGGAGUAUGAAGUUCGAUGACAACAAUCCAUUCAGUGAAGGCUUCCAGGAGCGGGAGAGGAGGGAGAGGCUUAGGGAGCAGCAGGAGAGACAGCGGGUGCAGCUCAUGCAGGAAGUUGAACGUCAGAGGGCCCUGAAACACCGUAUGGAAAUGGAACAGCAAGGGAUGAUGGGGCCUGAUGGCAACAUGGCGCCUCUCUCUCAGAUGCCGUUUUUUAACGCAGAGCUGCCACAGGACUUCAUGCAGCCCCAAAGGCCUCCUAUGCAGCAACAGCAACAACUCGCACCAAUGUUCCCCCAGCAGCAGGGCAUGCAGCCAGGCAUGGGCUCACCACCUGGGACCUUUAUGCAAGGGGAAAGGAGGGCCAUGAUGGGCAAUGGGAUGAUGCCCCGUGACAUGGGCCCUGGUUUUGGGCCUGAUAAUCUUUCUCUACAAGCACCUCAUUUCCCCCAGGGUCAACCCAGACCUCGCCAGUUCAGUGGACCAGGAAUGAUGCUUCAGAUGCCAGGUGAGGGUCCCCCAUUUGGAGUCGACUCUUCUACACCUCUGCCGUCUAACUUCCCGGGCUCAGGUCAGUCUCUGAUCCAACUCUACUCCAACAUCAUCCCGGAUGAGAAGGGGAAAAAGAAGAGAAACCGCAAAAAAAAGAAGGAUGAUGACGCAGACUCAGUCAAGACCCCUUCAACUCCACACUCAGACCUCACAGCCCCUCUCACCCCGUGUGUGUCGGACACCUCCUCAACUCCAACCAGAAACACCCAUCUAUUCGGAGACCAGGACUUGUCAAGGUCCCCCUUACUGGGGUCUUCCACCCCCAGUCACUCAGAGCUGGAGAGGCAGCUCUCUGGAGGCCAAUCCGGACACCUUGGUCUCUUAUCAGACAUGUCAAGAGCCCAGGCUCAGGAACAUGACAGGAUCCUUAGCAACAUAAAGCUGGAGCAGACUGAUGCCAGCGAGUGUCAUGGGCCUCGGGACGGGAACAUCAGCUCAGGAAUGAGCUCUGUGAAGCAGGAGGGCAAUAAAGGGAGUGGGUCUCCCUUCCCUGCUGGGCAAAGUCCAAACAAGGGGGAGGCUGGUAAUGAACUACUAAAACACCUUCUGAAGAACAAGAGCACACCUCCAUCUGGAUUCUCCCAGCAGAGGUUGGAUGAGAGCAUCCGCUCAGAGGAGGAGGAGCUUGCUGACUGCAAAGCCCUGCUGAGGCAAAGCUCCAUGGACAGCAAUGGGGCGUACUCUGACGGCACUCAAGACUUUUCUGGACCUGUGAUCCCUGAACAGGAGAAGAAGAAAGGAAGGAACAAAAGGGCUCCGAAGGGAGGAGAGAAACCUGCCUCGCGCUACAAGAAGAGGAAAAAGGAAGGGGAUGAGAGGCAACUAAUGCACUCUGGGCCUGACACUGUAAUGACCCAAAUCAAACAGCAGCUCUCCCUGCUGCCCCUCAUGGAGCCUCUGAUUGGGGUCAACUUCGCCCAUUUCGCUCCCUAUGGCAGCAGUCAGCUGAACGGAGAGAGCCUCCUGGCUGGUACAUUUGGCAGCGCCUCACUCGAUGGAGUCUCUGACUACUACUCCCAACUGGCCUACAAGCAGAGUAACCUGAGCAAUCCACCAACACCACCAGCGUCUCUUCCUCCAACCCCACCACCUGUGAACCGACAGAAAAUGAUCAAUGGAUUUGCCACGACUGAAGAGCUGGCCAGCAAAGCUGCUGCCAUGG